CAGAGAGUCCAGAUAAGGCCAGUGUGUGAGAGGAGUCCUAUAAAACAACCAUUGAUUUAUAGAAGAGUUAAGCCUCAUGGAUGUGCAACAGGGACAGAUGUUUCAGGUUUGGACAUCAGGACGCUGUUGGAGACAAUAGAGAUCACAUCCCAAAGCACUCCUGUGUCAUCAUUAACUGUGUUUCCCCCUUAACUCGAAAACACAAUGUCAUCAACCCUGAUGCUAGACCUCGAAAAGAAGUGGUUUGAGAGUUUUCAUAAAUUGCACCUCGAAUUUCUUAUCAUACCUGCCGUAGUUAUCACUCUAGCCACCUUGUUAGCCAAUCCUGUUCUCUUGACAUGCAUUUGUCUGUCCCGUGCCUUGCGUCAGGAGACCCGUUAUCUGCUGGUGGCCAACACUCUGAUGGCAGACAUGCUUUUCCUCAUCUUCAACCUGACCACAAUGAUUUAUAACACUGUGAGAGCUCAGAUACCCUGGAGAGUCUGUGAGCUCAUCACAGCUGUCUCCGUCAUAGCCUACUGCUGCGCCAUCCUCACCGUCACUCUCAUGGUGGUCGACACCUACACUGCGGUUCGCUGGCCUCUCCAAUACCACGACAUCCUUCCCCCUGCCCGCACCCGCCGCAUCCUGGUGGGGAUGUGGGUGCUGGCAGCCGUAUACCCUUUCAUCGUACUGAUCCUGAUGGAAAUACACAGGAGCAACUCCCACGAAAAGGUGCGUGUGUGUCUGGCUCUCAUCUCCUUCUCCUUCCUUCAGAUCAAGGACACACUGGGGAUCCACAUUUUCUUCUUUGUAGCAGCAAUCAUCUGUGCAAUAAUGAUUUGUUACUGCUACGUUCGACUCUACAUGGUGACAAGAACGCAGGGAAUCUGGCAGAGCCGUUUCUCCAGGGCCCGGGUCACGCUGCUGGCCCACGCCGUUCUGCUCCUGCUCUACUUUGCCCCCGGCUUUGUUUUUAUUGUGGAACUCUACCUGUUCGACAGGAAAGAUAUAAGUCAGGAACUUCGCGUGUGGAUCAACACGGCCAACGUAUGUGUUUUCAUGUUGCUGCCCAGAGCGCUUGCUCCUUAUCUGUAUGGGAUGAGAUACAGGGAGAUCUCUGAUACUCUAUUGAUCCUGGUGCAGCGCAACAGGAGGCCCAGCCAGAACACCGUGUCAUGAAGACACUGAAGAAUCUUUAUUAUUCAUAUUUAUUGCAUUUUUCCACUGAGACUGCUUCUGAUGAAUACACAUUUUUAAAUCAUUUCUAAGUAUCAAGAUUUUAGACUCAAGUCACAAAUACAGUGCAAUCCACAAUAUUAAGAAGUUUUGUUUUGAUGAGCUACCUAACAUACUUUUCUUUCUUUUUUUUUUUUUUUACCUUUUCUAGAUUCUUUUCAAAAUAAAUUGUCUCUAAAAGUUGAACCUA